AUGGCCGUGGAGAAGCGCCUUGCUUUCUCUAUUGUGCAGUUUCUACGGGAUCAAACACAUUGCGGUGGCUUGAAUUCAGAUGAGCAGGAGAGCCUUGAAGUCGCCAUACAGUGUCUGGAGACCACGUUCAAGAUCAGCUCGAGUGACUGCCACCUCGCAGUGCCACAGCCGCUCACUGAGAUCUUCCUCAACUCCCUGCUCAAGAAUGACAACCUGACCAUCCCAGAGACCUCGCCAUCCCCCGAAGACAUCGAACGCGCAGAGCAACUGAAAAAUGAAGGAAACAAUCACAUGAAGGAGGAAAACUACAGAUGUGCGGUGGAGUGCUACACAAAGGCCAUCGAUCUGGACCUGAGGAACGCCGUCUACUACUGCAACAGGGCCGCAGCGCACAGCAAGCUGGGAAAUUACACUGAAGCAACUGGUGACUGUGAGAGAGCCAUCGGGAUCGAUCCCACCUACAGCAAGGCGUAUGGGAGAAUGGGUCUUGCUUUGACAGCUAUGAACAAAUAUCCCGAGGCAAUAUCCUACUUCAAGAAAGCUCUGGUAUUAGACCCGGAGAACGACACCUACAAGUCGAACCUGAAAAUUGCCGAGCAGAAGCAGAAAGAAGCCACCAGUCCGAUCGCCGCCGGACUGGGAUUCGACAUGGCGAGUUUAAUCAACAACCCUGCCUUCAUCAGCAUGGCUGCGAGCGUAAUGCAGAACCAACAAGUGCAGCAGCUAAUGUCAGGAAUGAUGUCGAAUGCAGUCGGAGGCCCUGCGGCGGGAGUGGGAGGCAUGUCGGACAUUUCCAGCUUGAUUGAAGCGGGUCAACAGUUCGCCCAGCAGAUCCAGCAGCAGAACCCAGAGCUGAUCGAACAGUUAAGGAACCACAUCCGGAGCCGUUCCUUCAGCGGCAGCGCCGAGGAGCACUCAUGAUCUAUUCAGCCUCAUCUUGUUUUUCUCCAACGAAGGGCAACCAUAUGGCGCGAUUACAAUCUCUACACCCAUUUCUUAAAGUCAGCUCCCCGGCAUCGCUGGAAUGAAGAGACAGGGAUGGGGGGGUGAAGGCACUUUACUGUGACUUGAGGUUCAGCGUGUGGAGAGAAGAGGGACUGGAGAGGGAGACCACGAAACCGAGCACCCCAGACAUCCAGGGCAAAACACCAAAAA